UGUACACGUAAAAAGAGUUUCCCGUUUUGUAACACAAGCCAACGUGCUGGUUACCAAACACAGAUCUAUUAGAAAAAGACCAAGUGUGUUACGGCAGAAUUAAGCAGGCAUGGCCCAUAUAUGUAUUCACUGGUUCCGCAAGGGACUCAGGCUGCAUGACAACCCAGCACUGAUUGCUGCCCUGAGGGACUGUAAGGAGCUGUACCCAGUGUUCAUCCUGGACCCAUAUCUCCAUAACAACACGUGUGUGGGUAUCAACCGCUGGAGGUUCCUCAUCGGAGCCCUCAAAGACCUGGACUGCAGCCUCAGGAAGCUCAACUCCAGGCUGUUUGUUGUGAGAGGGAAGCCAGAAGAAGUGCUCCCCACACUGUUUGACACGUGGAAAGUAACAAAGUUGACCUAUGAGUACGACACAGAGCCCUACAGUCUGAGCCGGGACAAAGCGGUGACCGCACUGGCCAAAGAACAUGGAGUCGAAGUCAUCUACAAAAUCUCACACACUAUUUAUGAUGUAGACAGGGUAAUUGAGGAAAACAAUGGGAAGGCUCCCCUUACUUUUAACCGUAUGCAGGCAAUUGUGAAGACUCUUGGUCCACCAAAGAGGCCAAUCCCUGCACCUACCAUGGAACAUAUGGAAGAUGUUAAGACUCCUAGUUCAGAAAACCAGGAGAAGAAAUAUGGGAUCCCAACACUGGAGGAGCUUGGCCACGACACUGCAGCUCUUGAAGAGGAGCUGUUCCCAGGAGGAGAACAGGAGGCUCUGAGGAGACUUGAUGAACAUAUGAAAAGAACGGAAUGGGUGUGUAGCUUUGAGAAACCACAGACUUCUCCAAACUCUCUGAGCCCCAGCACCACUGUCCUCAGUCCUUAUGUCACUUUUGGCUGCCUGUCUGCACGCACCUUCUGGUGGAGGCUGACAGACGUCUAUCAGGGGAAGAAGCACUCAGCUCCUCCAGUAUCUCUGCACGGCCAGCUAAUGUGGAGAGAGUUCUAUUACACCGCUAGUGUGGGUGUCCCUAACUUUAACAAGAUGGAAGGCAACCCUGUAUGUACCCAGGUGGACUGGGACACAAACCCUGAAUAUCUGGCUGCAUGGAGAGAGGCUCGGACUGGUUUCCCCUUCAUUGAUGCCAUCAUGACUCAGCUGAGGCAGGAGGGCUGGAUCCACCACCUCGCCAGACACGCUGUAGCUUGUUUUCUCACCAGGGGAGACCUGUGGAUCAACUGGGAGGAAGGUCAGAAGGUGUUCGAGGAGCUUUUAUUGGAUGGCGACUGGGCUCUGAAUGCUGGAAACUGGAUGUGGCUCUCAGCCAGUGCCUUCUUUCACCAGUUCUUCAGGGUCUACUCCCCGGUCGCAUUUGGAAAGAAGACAGAUAAAAAUGGAGACUAUAUCAAAAAGUACCUUCCUCUUCUCAAGAAGUUCCCAGCCCAGUAUAUUUAUGAGCCUUGGAAAGCCCCACGCAGUGUUCAGCAGGCAGCAGGAUGCAUUGUGGGUAAAGAUUACCCGCUUCCUAUUGUGCAGCAUGAAGUGAUCAGCAAGAAGAACAUCCAGAGGAUGAAGUUAGCUUAUGCCAAGAGAUCCGCUGACAACACUAAAUCACCCAACAAACCACCCACCGAAAAGAAAGGUGUGAAGCGCAAGGCUCCCUCUGUUGUUGACAUGCUGCAGAAGAAAGAUAGAAGAAAGUGAUGGUACACAAAUCCAUGCAAAGUAAUAGAGUUAUUGUGUUAUCUAUGACUGUUCAUUACUAAUCACUAUAUAUAUAUAUAUAUAUAUAUAUACAUAUGGGUUGAACAUAACUGUACAACUAUAUUACUGAAAGCUAUAGAGACUUGUGUCAUUUUGCUUGUUUACUGCUUUUUCAUACACCCUUUAUUUGUAUUGCUUUUUACUUUUUAUGUUGUAUCUAUUUAAAUAUGAAGGUGUUUGGUUAUACUUGAAGAAUGUUUCUUGCAUGGAUGUCAAGGUAAAACCCUCUUAAGGCUUCAGUUUGUAUAAGACAGGCUGUGUCUGCUGGCCAUUUUAUUGUUUUUCUUCUAACUGAAAUGAUAAAAUGCCUUACUGUUACACCCUAGGAACUGAAUUUUUAUCUUAUACUCUUUACAUUGUAUGACUACUCAGGUGCUAAUUUUCAAUAAAAAUUAAAUUUGCACGAAAAAAUGAUAGAUGUAUCGAUAGAUAUUGGCAUACAAGGUGAUGAUUUUCACUGCCUAUUUUAUCAGCUAAAGUGAUAAAUAUUGUCAUUAUCUAA